AUGUUGAUAUCUGUCAAUGAUUUGACGGUGGUCGAUUUGCGCAAGAUCUUGAAAGAGUUUGCAGUUACCAGUAUGUCCCGGGCUACUCGUGAGCAAAUCGCACUCCAAUAUACACAAUUGGUUGCUUAUCAGAAAGCACCAACUACUGAACAACUCUAUUGGGAUAAUGUCACUAUUCCCAUCCUCAAUGUUAUCAAAAACGCUCCAACCCCACCAUCCAGAGAGCCGGCCAAUUGCAAUAGUACCCACAAUGCCCCAAGCCCACCUUCAAGGCAGCCAGCCAAUUGCAACAUCACCCACAACGUCCCAACCCCACCAUCAAGACAGCCUCGGCUCAAAGUGCUCAAAAAUUGGCAACAAGAAAACAACGCUGGUCUCAAUCAAAAUGAUAGCUUGAGCGAGGACAUCCCUUUGGCUAGCCUACCAAAGCAAACACCAACAAUCCAAAAUGGUCGUGCCAGCAAAGAUAUCCCGGACACAGCCAAUGAGGGCUCCAGCAAAGAUAUACCCUUGGCCAACUUACCAAGCCCGGCCCACAUUGAACGUACUCCCCCUACCAAUUCCCCUGCUUCAAAUCCCCUGCCAGUUUCCCAGAAGAAUCCACCGCUUGGCCAUCUUCAAUCAACCCCAGCCGCCAAUGACACGCCUUCAACUCUUGGCACAUCCCAAUCAUCCCCAAUCAAAAACAAUGUGCCUUCCACGCUUGGCCAGCCUCAAUCAACCCCAGCUGCUGCUGACGUGCCCUUGACGCUUGACCAACCCCAAUUAACCCCAGCCGCCAAUAAUGUGCCCUCAACGCCCGACCAACCCCAAUUAGCCCCAGCCGCCAAUAACUUGCCCUUGACCCUUGGUCAACCCCAAUCAACCUCAGUCCACAAUGAUGUGCCAUUCACGCUUGCAAAGCCCCAAUCAACCUUGGUCAACACUGUGACAGCUGAACCACCUCUAGAUCUACCAGCCUCUGGUGUCGCACCCAACACUUCAAAACAUGCCAAUCUUGACCCUCCUUGUAGCCAGCACCAACCUAGCAGUUCCGUGCCUAAUCACCACAUUUCUCCAAAACAGAUGCAUAGCAGAGCCAAUGAUUGGUCUCAAGAAUGGUUAUCCAUACCCUGUAAGCUUAGUCACGACUUCAUCAAAACACUCUUCAGCAGCUAA